AUGUCUCUGAUACAGCUCUUGUCGGUCACCAUUCUUUUGUGUCUUUUGAUGCUCUACCUCCUAAGACAAUUCUGGUUACGCAGUCAUUAUCCUUCGGGGUGGCUUCCACUGCCUACCAUUGGAAGCUUAUGGCAAGCUGGCAUCAGGCUUUAUCAAGAGACUCUGUCUAAGUUGAAAGAACAGCAUGGAAUCUCUAAGACAUCUACGACUCCUUAUGGUAGCAUACCCGAUGAAAAUGAUCUGGUAUUUUCAGAUGGAGAUAUCUGGAAGCAGCAAAGAGAGGUGGGGCAACUUAUGUUGUCAACGCAGGAGGAAGGGAAGAAAGGAGUUGAGAGCCAGGUUGAAGAGGAGGCCCCUCGGCUGGUGAAGACUUUCGCACGUGUAAAUGGGCAGCCAUUUGACCCUUUGAACGCCAUCACCACUUCUAUUUGCAAAAUGGUCUGGACCAUGACGUUUGGCCACCGGUCCCCUCUUGAAGACAAGGAAGGCCAACAAGUGACUGAUGCCAUUGAAUCUGCUGUAAAAUCUGGAGGGAGUUUUGUUUAUGCUCUACAUAAACAGUUCCCAUGCCUCAUGAGAUAUUUCCCAGGGCCGCACAAAAAUGCCCUGUCUAGCAAAGAGCUGGUGCUUUCCUUUACAAAGAAGGCGAUAAAGAAACAUAAAGAGGCAGAGGCAAUGAAGGAGCCACAAGAUUUCACUGAUUUCUAUUUGCUACAAAUGGAGAAAAAACAGAGCAAGGCUGGGCACAAUUCUGCCUAUAAUGAAGAGAACCUGGCUGAAUGUAUUUUGGACUUCCUUAUUUCAGGGACAGAGUCAAGUGCAAUCACCCUGCAGUGGGCACUGCUGCUGAUGGCAUCUCAUCCCGACAUUCAAGAUAAAGUUCACAAGGAGAUGGAAAAGAUUUUGGGUUCCUCCAACUCAGUUAGCUAUCAAGAUUGGAAGAAACUACCUUAUACCAGUGCUGUGAUUCACGAGAUACAGCGAACCAAACAUGCAUUCUUAUUCAGAAUCAUCAAACAAUGUGCAAAGGAUGUGAAUGUCUUUGGUUUUCUCGCUCCCAAGGGAACUUUUAUUAAUCCAGAUCUGAAUUCAGUAUUUCUUGAUUCCAAACUAUGGGAGACACCUGAAAAAUUCAACCCAAGUCAUUUUUUGGACAAGGAUGGACAAUUUGUUGCCAGAGAAGAAUUUCAAGUACUUGCUACUGGGUCAGAUGUAUCUUUAGAGGAUAAGUUAGCAAGAGCUGAGCUCUUUAUCUUCUUUACGAAUCUGCUCAAGACAUUCGUCUUCCAGCUACCAGAAGGGGAGGAAAAACCCAGCAAAGAACCAAGGACUGGGUUGAUAACAUACCCUCAUUCUUAUAAAAUCUGUGCUGUUCCUCACUGCAAGACAUCAUAAAUUAUCAUUAUC